GCGCUGAGCGGUUAUUGGCUGCAGUGGGUUGUCAGGGCGACUGAGGGGAAAAGGAGAAGGGGUGCUGGGCCUGGCGGGCUAACCGUGGCUGCCGUCUGCUGGGUGGUUCCGCGGGGCGGUGUCCGGAGAGCUGCGGGGCCAGGGCACCCAGGGUUCACCCACACUCCCGGAGGUGCCUGAGCGAGUGGGCCGGCCAGUGAGACCCACAGGCCGGAACCAUGGGCUGCUUCUUCUCCAAGAGGCGAAAGGCUAAGAAGGAGUCGCGGCCUGAGAACGAGGAGGAGCCGCCAAAGCAGUACAGCUGGGACCGGCGCGAGAAGGUUGAUCCAAAAGACUACAUGUUCAGUGGAUUAAAGGAUGAAACUGUAGGUCGCUUACCUGGGAAAGUGGCAGGACAACAAUUUCUUAUUCAAGACUGUGAGAACUGUAACAUCUAUAUUUUUGAUCACUCAGCUACUAUUACCAUUGAUGACUGUACUAACUGCAUAAUUUUUCUGGGACCAGUGAAAAGCAGUGUGUUUUUCCGGAAUUGCAGAGAUUGCAAGUGCACGUUAGCCUGCCAACAAUUUCGUGUGCGGGAUUGUAGAAAGCUGGAAGUCUUUUUGUGUUGUGCCACUCAACCAAUUAUUGAGUCUUCCACAAAUAUCAAAUUUGGCUGUUUUCAAUGGUACUACCCUGAAUUAGCUUUCCAGUUCAAAGAUGCAGGGCUCAGUAUCUUCAAUAAUACAUGGAGUAACAUUCAUGACUUUACACCUGUGUCAGGAGAGCUCAACUGGAGCCUUCUUCCAGAAGACGCUGUGGUUCAGGACUAUGUUCCUGUACCUACUACUGAAGAACUCAAAGCUGUCCGUGUUUCCACAGAAGCCAAUAGAAGCAUUGUUCCAAUAUCCCGGGGUCAGAGACAGAAGAACAGUGAUGAAUCAUGCUUGGUGAUAUUAUUUGCUGGUGAUUAUACUAUCGCAAAUGCCAGGAAACUAAUUGAUGAGAUGGUUGGUAAAGGCUUUUUUCUAGUUCAGACAAAGGAAGUGUCUAUGAAAGCUGAGGAUGCUCAAAGAGUUUUUCGGGAAAAAGCACCUGACUUCCUUCCUCUUCUGAACAAAGGUCCUGUUAUUGCCUUGGAGUUUAAUGGAGAUGGUGCUGUAGAAGAAUGUCAACUUAUUGUAAAUGAGACAUUCAAUGGGACCAAGAUGUUUGUAUCAGAAAGCAAGGAGACAGCAUCUGGAGAUGUAGACAACUUCUACAACUUUGCUGAUAUACAGAUGGGAAUAUGAAAUACAGUGUGGAACCAAAGACUUGGUAUUAAGCCCUUUCCAAGUUGUAUAUUUAGAGUUUGACAAUAUAAUACUUUUGUAUAUUAGCAAUGGUUUUUAUGAAUGUUAAAUUGUUAAAAGUUUAUUUUUUAAUAAACUUGAAUACUGCAUCAUUUACUUGAGUUUCAAAAAUAGUUCACUUUAAAUUAAGUAGUUUUAAUCAACUUAUUAACCCACUUCAGUAAACUUUCAGUUUUGUUUUACUGAAUGAUACUCUUAUUAGAGAUAGAAGUGGCUAACAGCUUAUGAUUUUAAUCCUAUUUAAAUGUUCUUUCAGAUCUUUAAUAAUUUAAACUUUCCUCAGUACCCAUGAUAUUUGUUUGAGAAUAUAUUUUGUCACUAAUCUUUUUAAAUUUAGAGAUAUUUGUUACUAGUUGAUCAAUUAGAAUGAACCUAUGCACGUUUUUUCAUGUAUACACAUCCAGUUAAAUAAUUGCUUCCUAGUUGAAUUAUAUGACAGGUGAGAUUUUGUACAUGGAGUUGACAUAAAACUUUGUAAACUGAAUUUUUUAAAGAAAUAGGCAUUUGAUAACCAGCUUUACAAGUAACUCUACUAACUGAUUUUAGUAUAGCUAUUUAAAGACUACUUUGUAAUUUGAUUAUUUGAAUAAAUUCUACAUUGUUUAGUUUUUUAAUACAACUGCUAGAUGACCUUUCUGCUUCCUAGUGAGAAAAGGUAUAUGCAACACUAAAACUAUAGAAGCCCAAUCACCAGCAGUUUUUAAAAAAGUGGUAACUGUUUUAUCAGCUCUUGUGGGCUAUCAAAAGAAUUAGAACAAAACCUUGUAACUUUUAGGUAAGAAAUACUUAGGCAUGAUGAUAAGCUAUGCAGAUUUUUUAAAAGUUUGAUACAUUUGAUUUUAAUUAGAUAUGCCAUUCAUAUAAAGUAAUAUUCUAGUAUGAUAAAAUUAUUUUGGUUGCUUUAAAGUAUUAUUUCCCAAAUCUACCUGACUAUAAUUUAGUGAGAGGCAGGGGAGAGCUACUUGUUUUAAAAAUUCUCAUUAUUAGACCCAAUCCUCAGAUGUAUGGAUUUAGUCUUCAGGAGGUGUUAACAGGUUGAUCUUGUGAGAAGGUACUGGACCUGCAUCCAUAUCACAUAUAGUAGAUAUCAGGAAAUCAGCUUGCAUAGGCCUAUUUUUAAAAGGAAUCUGAAAAUUUGAUUCUAUUGUGGUAAAACUAAGACUGAAAAUAGCCACUUGUGUAAAUUCCUUUUAUGAUUUUUACUAAAAGUGUAGUUUCAUGUUUGAAAUGUUUUUGAAUAUUUUCGGGUUAAUUUAAAAA